UGAUAAAUAUAAAUAAGGGCUUCAAAAUAAUUGACAAGCUAAAAAAAAACAAAGAAAAAAAAAAAGAAGGGGGAGGGAGGGAGGUCUCCUCGUGAAAACCCUGCUCGAAUCGAUCGCUUAAGAACGAGGGAGGAAAGAUCGAAAACACGUUCCUUACUUGAUUUACUUGCUUGUCGCAGGUAAGGUCGCUGGAGUUCGCUGGGUUCACUUCCUGUGCCCUAAAAGAUGCUUCCUCUUUCUCUACUUAAGACUGCACAGGGUCACCCCAUGUUGGUGGAACUGAAAAAUGGGGAGACUUACAAUGGACAUUUGGUCAAUUGUGAUACUUGGAUGAACAUCCAUCUCCGAGAAGUCAUCUGUACCUCUAAGGAUGGAGAUAGGUUUUGGCGAAUGCCUGAAUGUUAUAUACGUGGGAAUACUAUUAAGUAUCUUCGAGUUCCUGAUGAGGUGAUUGAUAAAGUUCAGGAAGAAACCAAGAGCCGCUCAGACCGGAAGCCACCUGGUUUAGGACGUGGAAGAGGAAGAGGUAGGGAGGAUGGUGGAAGACCAGUGAAAGGCAUCGGGCGUGGCCUUGAUGAUGGAGGUGCUAAGGCCACUGGUGGAGGCCGUGGCAGAGGUGGUUCAGGAGGAAAGACAGGUGGAAACAGAGGUGCUGGACGCGGAAGGGGCUGAUGCAAAAAUACGGAGCCAGCCACUUUUGGGCCAGUUGCUACUUUUAGAGGCAUUUUGCGCCCAACUUUCUUGUGAAAUGUUAUUUUGCGUUUGAAAUGUUACUUUUAGAGGCAGAUUAAUUCUCUUCAUUAUUGGCAUUAUUUUGCGUUUCCAAUGUAGGUGAUUUCUUAAAAUUUCUCGAGACAUAGCAUUGUGAAGCUUCUGUUGUGAACUUGUGUUUUAUCUUGUUUAGCUUUAGUACUAGUUUAUUCGGUCAUUUAUUUUAGGACAACCUGUACUGUUGCACAGUCUUUGACAAUCCUAAAUUCUUAUCUAUGUAAUGGUCUCUAUGACGAAUUUUAUGGUUAA